UUUUUAUGUAAACAAUUUGUAAAAUUAUAAGUGUAUAUAAUUGUACUAGAAACUCAACUAAGAUUUUGAAGCUAAGAUUCAUCUGGUCAGUUUAAAAGUCGCCGCAUCUAUCCUAGGUGCAGAAAUAUAUUGUAAAAGGUUAGAUCUUUUAUAUUCCUGUUCAGUUGAUUCCAUUCUUCGUACUAAGAUACCAAGAAUGGCACAGCAGCUUUGAGUGAACGCUAUGAGAUACUUCAGGUUAUUUACAUUCAAGUGCUUCAUCGAUUGCUUUUAACCGUCGCCAUUCACCUUACAAGUCUUAUUUGCCCUACCUCACCAUCUGAAGUUUACGCCGCAUAAUCCAAUAAAAGACAAACUAGAACAACCUAGUCUAAUUAAACAAACAGCAUAUCAGAAAAUGCCGUAUUUUGUCGAAAGCAAAGACGUUGGAAUUGACAUCGCGAUGAUAAAGGACGAAGAGAACGAUUCUGAAACUCCACUUCGAUCCUCAUUAGUGGAAGAAGACUCGACAAGCGAAGAGAAUUCCGUGACGAUGAACCCUCAACCAAGCACAGGCACCCGAUGUCCCUCUUGCUGUGCUUCGAACCCGUGCGGUGAUCUACCGUGUAACUGUAACAUGGUCAGUGCGAGCGGACAAAGAGAGACCUGGGAUAAGAAACUUGAUUUCAUUCUCUCAUGCGUUGGUUUUGCGGUGGGCCUUGGAAAUGUGUGGCGAUUCCCAUACCUCUGCUACAAGAACGGGGGAGGCGCGUUUUUGAUCCCGUACCUUCUGUUCAUCGUAACUAGCGGUGUCCCGGUUUUCUUUCUUGAGACCUCAUUGGGUCAGUUCAUGAAACAGGGCGGGAUUGGGAUAUGGAACAUAUGUCCUUUAAUGAAAGGUAUUGGCUUCGCCUCGACGGUGAUUGUUUUCUUCUGUAACUGCUAUUACAUCCUGGUGCUUACUUGGGCUAUUUACUAUCUGUACCGGUCAUUCACAGCGGUAUUGCCAUGGGCAACUUGCGGGAACGCUUGGAAUACAAAUGGGUGUACAACGAAUUUCACGUCCAUGUUGGCCGAUAAAGAACAGUUAAACAUGACCGCAGCGACGAACACGAGCUUGCUUAACUCCACUUCAUCGUUCAACUUUACUUCUCUCUCAUCGCCGGUGAUAGAGUUCUGGGAGCGAGAAGUUCUAAAGAUCACCUCGGAUAUCACUGAGACUGGUUCAAUUCGAUGGGAGCUGGCCAUUUGCUUGUUCAUCGCUUGGGUCUUGUGCUACGUUUGCAUCUGCAAAGGUGUCAGGGCAACCGGCAAAAUCGUCUACUUCACUGCCUUGUUCCCUUAUGUGGUUCUUCUGUGCCUCCUUAUCCGAGGGUCAAUGCUUCCCGGUGCGCUCAAAGGUGUGGAGUUUUACAUCAAACCCAACUGGACAAAGCUGCAGGAAGCGCAGGUUUGGAUCGAUGCUGGAACUCAAGUAUUCUUCUCAUACGCGAUCGGCCUCGGUGCGCUGUCAGCACUUGGGAGUUACAAUCUUUACAAUAAUGAUUGCUUCAAAGAUUGCCUUAUUCUGGCCACUGUCAAUUCUGCAACAAGCUUCUUCGCCGGUUUUGUCAUUUUUACUUUCUUGGGCUUCAUGGCACACGAACAACGGGUCCCAAUUGAACGUGUGGCGGAAUCGGGUCCCGGCCUCGCUUUCAUUGCUUACCCGAAGGGCGUGACCUUGAUGCCGUUAUCACCGCUCUGGUCGUGCCUGUUUUUCUUGAUGAUAUUAAUGCUUGGCCUGGAUAGUCAGUUUGUUGGCGUGGAAGGAUUCCUCACUGCAAUUAUUGACAUGUAUCCACGUGUCUUGCGACCAAAACGAGCAAUUUUCGCAGCAGUAACAUGCUCGGUGUGUUUCCUGGUCGCAUUGUCCAUGAUAACUGAGGGCGGAAUGUACGUGUUUCAAAUCUUCGACUAUUAUUCUGCAAGCGGAAUGACUCUGCUAUGGAUGUCGUUAUGGGAAUGCGUAACCAUCGCUUGGAUAUAUGGAGCGGAACGGUAUUAUCAGGACCUCAAAGAUAUGAUCGGAUAUCGCCCACCUUCGUUGUUUAAAUAUUGCUGGUUAUUUGUGACACCAGCUGUGGCCUUGGGAAUUCUAAUUUUCGUCUUGGUGAGCCAUAAACCUCUAACUUACAACCGAACAUAUGAAUACCCAUGGUGGGGCUUGCUCAUAGGAUGGGUGCUUGCACUUUCUUCAAUGCUUUGUGUUCCAAUAGUUGCGGCAUACAGACUUGCGAAGGCUAAGGGGUCCACAUUUUUACAGCGUUUUAGCAACGCAAUCCGACCGCAGUUCAAAAGUCACCAUUCUGAGAAAUACUGGGACGAUGACCAAGAAGAAAUUACUGUUGGAACGCAACUAAGUCAUGUAUUUGGAGAUACUUGUGGCAUUCGUUACCGCAUCAGUACAAACUGUUCUGGUGAUGACAACAGUUCAAAAUUAUCCAGCCUCGACCCUCUACCGCCACCUUACGAAUCAACCCAACUAAAAGCAUAAACUUAUAAAACAUGCUCGUCACACGGAGUUCACUGAUUGCAUCAACGAUUCAACACUCGCUUUGAUAUUAACAACAAACACUGCACGCUAAUAAUAUAUUCACACGCAGCUUCUAACGCUUUUAUAUCAUGUACAUAUACGGAAUUGCCUACAGUCAAGAUUUGGAGGUUUGGAAAAAAAGUUUUCUUCAUCUGUCCUCUAAACAAAGACGAAAACACCUCAUACAUGUUCAUUGUGUUUCCGAUUUUUAGUUCAUACAAUUUCGUAUGGACUGUUGUUCUGUACUUUUGCGGGCAAUCAACUUAUUAAAUUAACGCACAUAUAUAUUAAAGCAGGCCAAGUCCGCUUAAUUUUGCAUUGCUCGUUUAGUUGAUUGUAUCUUCUGCAAAAUUUAAUAAAACUUGUAGUGGCAUAAAU